GAUGCUCCCGAAACGGCGGCGGGCGCGGGGCUCGUGUGCCGGGGCUUCCGCCGCUGCCUCUGCAGAGUGCCCCGUGCGUUUUCCCGAUGUCGCCAUCCACCUGGUGGAGUCGCGCAUGGGUCGCACUCGCCGGGCCUUCCUCACGCGCCUGGCGCGGUCCAAAGGUUUCCGCGUCCUGGAGACCUGCAGCCCCGAGGUGACCCACGUGGUGAUGGAGCAGACGUCUGCAGAAGAGGCUGGCCGCUGGCAGGAGUGCUGGGCAGCGGCCGCACCCCCGGGCUGCCCCUUCCCGGCCCUGCUGGAUGUCAGCUGGUUCACAGAGAGCAUGGCCGCGGGACAGCCCAUCCCCUUGGAGCAGAGGCAUCAGCUGGAGGUGCCCAAGCCAGAGGAAGGACCCCAGGGGCCACUGUGGCUGCCCACCUAUGCCUGCCAGCGGCCCACGCCCCUCCAUCACCACAACACUAUGCUGUCGGAGGCCCUGGAGACCCUGGCAGAGGCAGCCAGCUUUGAGGGCAGUGAAGGCCGCUUCCUGUCCUUCCGCAGAGCGGCCUCGGUGCUCCGAGCCCUGCCCUGCCCCAUCACAGCGCCGAGCCAGCUACAGGCACUGCCCCACUUCGGAGAACAUUCCUCCAGAGUCGUCCAGGAGCUUCUGGAACGCGGGCUGUGUGAGGAGGUGGAGCGUGUGCGGGGCUCAGAGAGGUUCCGGACCAUGAAGCUCUUCACCCAGGUCUUCGGGGUAGGGGUGAAGACUGCUGACCGCUGGUAUCAGGACGGCUUGCGAAGCUUGGAUGACCUCUGUCAGCAUCCCCGGACACUGACCUCACAGCAGAAGGCUGGGCUCCAGUACCACCGGGACCUGAGCUGCCCAGUCCAGCGGCCAGAUGCCGAGGCCCUGCAGUGCCUGCUGGAGGCAGCUGUGGGGCAGGCCCAGCCCGGGGCUACUGUCACACUGGCUGGAGGCUUCCGGAGUUCUCUCAGGGGGAAGUUGCUGGGCCACGAUGUGGACUUCCUCAUCUCGCACCCUACGGAGGGCCAGGAGGCUGGGCUGCUGUCCACAGUGAUGAAAAGCCUGCAGGACCAGGGCCUGGUCCUGUACCACCAGCACCAGCCCAGCCGCUGCGGGGACUCCAGGCACCUGCUCUGGCAGAGCCAUACCAUGGAUGCCUUCGAGAGGAGCCUGUGCAUCCUGCGCCUACUGCAGCCGCAGAGAGCUGCUGCUGGGGGCCCCUUGGGGCCUGGCCCAGCCUGGAAGGCUGUGCGGGUGGACCUGGUGGUGGCCCCCAGCAGCCAGUUCGCCUUUGCUCUGCUGGGCUGGACCGGCUCCCAGCUGUUUGAGCGGGAGCUGCGCCGCUUCAGCAGGAAGGAGAAAGGGCUCUGGCUCAACAGCCACGGGCUAUUUGACCCUGAGAAGGGAGCCUACCUGCCCGCGGCCACUGAGGAAGACAUCUUCUGCCACCUGGGCCUCCGUUAUCUGCCCCCAGAAGAGAGGAAUGCCUGAGCCUGCCCUGGUGAUCCUGAGUGCUGCCCACCUGCUGGGGGUCGAUCCCUG